AUGAAUUCUUUGCCGAUGGAAAAGAAAGAUUUAUUAGUAAAAAUUAAUGAAAAUUCAACAAAACCAGAAUCAAAUGGCCAGGUAGUUAAUGGAGAUCCACCCGAUGGGGGUUUACGGGCAUACACGGUGGUUUUAGGCUCUUUUUUAACAAAUGGAUUAAUAUUCGGUGUUAUAAAUUCAUACAGUGUUAUAUAUACUGUCCUACAAAAGAGGUUAGAAGAUGAAAAUGUACCAAAUUCUGAAAGCAGAGCUGCUUUGGUUGGCGCUUUGACGAUGGGAACCACCUUCCUUUUGUCACCUAUCUCAGGAGUGCUUACUGGACUCAUGGGACUGAGAUGUACGGCUGUCUUGGGUGGAACUAUUGCAGCAUUUGGUUUGCUUAUAUCAUCGUUCGCAAUUGAUUAUGUUAAUGUUCUAUGUUUUACUUACGGCGUUAUGUAUGGCUUGGGAGCUUCUCUCGCCUACACCCCUUCACUGGCCAUUCUUGGACAUUACUUCAAAAAACGUUUAGGUUUCGCUAACGGCAUAGUUACCAUCGGUAGUUCUGUUUUCACGGUAAUAAUACCACCUUUAAUGGAAUUGAUGAUAGAAAAAUACGGUUUACCUGGACUAUUCAGAGUAUUGGCUGUUAUAAGUGUGGGUAUAGCUCUAUGUGGCUUACUUUUCAAACCGAUCCCAGUCGUUAUUAUAGAUAAACCGGCUAGAAAAAAUCAUAAAGCACUUUUAAAAACAAUAAUUAAUGUUCAAAUUUGGAAAAACAAUAAAUAUAGGUAUUGGGCCAUGUCUAUGCCUAUUGCACUUUUUGGUUACUUUGUACCCUACGUACAUAUUAAGAAGUUUAUUGAACUUAAUUUUACUAAUGUAAACGAUAACUUACCCCUUCAAUGCAUAGCUGUAACUUCGGGUAUUGGAAGAUUAAUUUUUGGUAUUCUAGCCGAUAGAAAAUGGGCAAAUCGAAUUAUGUUACAACAAAUAUCGUUCUACGCAAUUGGUACGUUAACAAUAAUUUUGCCUUAUGUAAAAUCUUUCCCGUUAUUAGUAGUAAUAUCUUUGGGUAUGGGGAUAUUUGAUGGCGCGUUUAUAUCGCUAAUUGGACCGAUAGCUAUUCAGUUCUGUGGUAGCGUCCAGGCAGCGCAAAGCAUUGGAUGUAUGUUGGGUGUAGCGGCUUUCCCUCUAUCACUAGGUCCACCUAUAGCUGGGCUUAUAUUUAAGGCUCAUCAUUCCUAUACAUUACCGUUCAUAUUAGCCGGCAUUUCACCUUUAGUAGGUGCAACUAUAAUGUUCGCUAUUAGGUUCCAAAAGUAG